AUUGCUGACUCACUCUUUUCCCUGCGCUCCCUAGAAUGACGGACGUCGAGAUCCGUGAAGCUGCCCUCAACCUCACCGAAAGGGAUGAUCCUAAACAAAUGUCUGACGGUCUUGCGAAUUGCGUCAGCUGCGUGUGGGUGUGCAAAACCGCCGCCACGAAUAUACUAUUACCUGAAGCAAAGCUGUUCCACAUUUGCUUCUGGACCAAAUGUUUCGCAGGGGGUUCUUGUGAGAAGCAACUGUUGUCAUGGGCCGAAUGGUUUGGCCAACAGAAAUUUCCUAGCGAAGCUCAAUUCGCGCAGGCGUGGAGCCAGAUGUGGCGUCCUAUGUAUGACAAGAUUGAGCUGAAGGGGACUGAAGAGGAAUAGUACUUCACAAGAGUAUUGUUCUCAUCCAGAGCGUUAGGUUGGCUACGUGAGCCCUGUAAUGUCACGUUGCGCAGAACUGUCGAAUUGGCUUUCGGGCAAGGCAGUUGAAGGGAGCCGAUGUCCUGGCGCUAAAACGCUGCAGUGGGAUUGGCAUAUACGGAAAUAGUUUUCUGGGGUUUUGUUUGCAAGUGGUCAAGGAUUAUUCUAGCUUCCGUUUCGUUGAGAGGAGUAGUAUUUGCAAUCGGUCAUAGUCUCAAUUUGGAUAUUUACAUGCCUGCGGCUGCGAGGCCAUGAU